AUGAAAUUCUCUUCUACCCUCCUCGUCAUCCCCGCUGUACUCGCCGUUCUUCCCACCUAUAUUGGUGCUGUCGAGCUCCGAUAUGACAACCACUACGACGACGCCGACGCAUCUAUGAACACAGUCGCCUGUUCUGAUGGUCGCUUCGGGCUCGCUCACCGAUUCCCUACCUUUGGUUCCGUACCUGGCUUCCCCCAUAUCGGCGCAGCGGACGCUAUCUCUGGAUGGGACUCCGCCAACUGCGGUGCAUGUUUCCGUCUCGACUACACCAACCCACAAGGAGUGACGAAGAGCAUCAAUAUCGUUGCUAUUGAUCAUGCUGGGUCUGGGUUUAAUGUUGCCCAAGCGGCGAUGGAUGAGUUGACCGGUGGACAGGCUGUUGCGUUGGGAACGGUUGAUGUGCAGUCUACUCGUCUCUUGCCAUCUGACUGUGGACUUUGA